AUGGCGAAUUCUUCUACUUCCCUAAUUUCCUCUGCUUUCACAGUUCCCAAAUUGCCCCACAAUUACCCUCAGUUUUCUUCCUAUUCAACUAUUUCAUUUUCUAGCAGAGCCCAGUUUUUCUUGGAGACAAACCCCCGUAAAUCUUUGAACUACUUCGCUAGAUCAAGAGGACUGGUGGUUAAAGCUGAAUUUGAUAUCUCAUUAUUUCAACGAGAUAUUUCGGGCACUGAUGACCCACCGCCUGCCAUACCCGGGUCGGGUUUCCCGGAUGUUGAGGAAAAAGAGGAACCCCAGUGCCCACCGGGCCUCCGCCAGUACGAGACUAUGGUGGUGCUAAGGCCCGACAUGUCUGAAGAUGAGCGCCUCGCCUUUACCCAGAAGUAUGAGGAGUUGCUAGUUGCGGGUGGUGGCAUGUACGUUGAGGUGUUCAAUAGAGGGGUUAUUCCACUUGCCUACAGCAUCCGAAAGAAGAACAAAGCAGGAGAAACUAACACUUACUUGGAUGGUAUCUACCUUCUGUUCACCUAUUUCACCAAACCUGAGUCCAUGGAAAUUCUCGGGGAAACAUUACAAGCAGAUGACGAUGUUAUUCGAUCUUCCAGUUUCAAGAUCAGGAAGAGGAAGUUGUUUUAG